AUGGGCCACCAUGCUCAACCCAGCUCAACACUUCCAAUACUACUCUUCGUUUUCCUCGUCUUCUCGCACCUCUCCGCACCGGCCUCGGCUUUCUUCUCGUCCAAACGCAAGCUUCAACUACGAGAACAGACGCGCUCGCUCUUCCACCAUUCCUACGACGCCUACAAGCGCCAUGCCUAUCCCCUAGACGAACUCAAACCCUUGUCCUGUCAAGGCGUAGGCGUCAAUCGCACACACCAGAACGUGUUUGACAAUGACGUCUUUGGCGACUUUCAGUUGACCUUGGUCGAUACACUCGACAGCUUUGCCGUCAGUCUCUAAAGCGUGUUUCGAUCGGGAAUGCCACGUCACUUUUAAUUUUUGGGGUUGACCUUUCCUCGGUGGUCGUCUCGGCGCAGAUUUUGGGCGAGAAGGACAAGUUCGAACAAGGCGUCAAGGAAGUGAUCGAGACGGUCAACUUUGACAAGGAUGCAAAAGUGCAGGUCUUUGAAGUGACAAUACGAAUGGUCAGUUCUUCCAGAGUCGUUGAGCCGAGCAGAGCUCAUCCGUCAAAACUGAUCUGGCCGAAUACUUGCCCUUCCAAAGCUCGGGGGACUGGUGCGUUGUCGAUUGGACUUGAGACGAGUAUUCAGCACUGAUCAUGCGUUGUCCGUCACACAGCUAUCGAGCCAUAUCCUCGCCACCUCUCGGACCAGAGGAUUCUACCUUCCGUGGUACCGGAACGAAAUGCUCGACCUCGCCGACGAUCUAGGUCGACGCCUCUUACCCGCCUUCAAGACCCGCACGGGGAUACCAUAUGCUCGCGUCCAUCUCCGGCACGGCGUUAUGAUGUUCGAGUCGACCGAAACCUGUUCUGCAGGCGCAGGGUCGCUCUUGCUAGAGUUCGCGACCUUGUCGAGAUUGACGGGCAAGAAGGUUUACGAGGACAAGGCCAAAAAGGCGUUCUUUGCGGUGUGGAACCAGAAGAGUGAUUUGGGAUUGGUGGGAAACUCGAUCUUGGCGCACGAUGGCAAGUGGUUGACCACUGCUACUUCAACGGGAGCGGGGAUUGAUUCGAUAUUCGAGUGAGUCGUCAUCGUGGAUCUUCGAUUGGUCUCGUCCGGGCGGGAGCUGAACUCAUCACGACGCUUCCUCAGAUAUGCGGCCAAGUCAUAUAUCCUGCUUGGCGAUGACGAAUAUUUGAGAGUGUGGAACGACAUGUACGCUGCGAUCAUGACGCAUCUCCGAGCCCCUGAUGGCUUUUGGGUGCGUACGAAUUGCGCCCAUCGGGUCGGUGCUAGCCGUCUCGUUUCGCCGAUACUGAGUCUAACUCUUAUCCGCAGUACCGCCCUGUCAACAUGUACACGGGACAAAUUGCCAACUACCAGGUCGACUCAUUGUCGGCUUUCUUCCCGGGCCUACAAACGCUAGUCGGGGACAUCGAAGCGGCGAUCAAGGCCCACGCCGUUUACGCCUUUCAAUGGAAACGAUACCAUGCUUUGCCGGAGGUUUUCGAUAUAAGUAAACGGAUGGCUGUGAACCUUGGUCAGUCCGAGAGAGGAGAGAGGAGAGGGUGUUGGAACAUGACGAGGCGGCAAAAUGGCCGGGUCGAUCUGACCCCUCAUGCAUGCAGUGUACCCCCUUCGACCCGAGUUCAUAGAGUCGAACUACCACCUCUACCGAGCGACCAAAGACGACUGGUACCUCGAGAUGGCGGAAGAGAUCCUUCAGGACCUCAUCUCGCGCGUCAAAGUCACCUGCGGCGCAGCCUCCCUCCUCAACGUCAUCUCGGGUGAACGCGAGGACAAGAUGCCGAGUUUCUUCACUUCUGAAGUCAGUGUGCCGUGUUCGGCAGGCCAGUAUCCGAGAAAAGCGAGCUGAUCUUACGACGCCAUGACCUGGUAGACUCUCAAAUAUCUUUAUCUCACUUUUGACGAAGGGAAUCCAUGGAACCAUGACGAUUCCAACAUGGUCUUUUCGACCGAAGCGCACAUGCUCGAACUGAUCGAUCGACCAAAGCCCAAGAAGAGGAGGCGGAAAACGUCCAAAUCCACGCCCUCCUCAAGCACCAAAAAUUCCUCAUCGACGACACAGUCCACUCGUGCACCGAUAUGCCCUCGCUAUGAUCCGAUGCAGACGGACAAGCAUCAGCAUUAUUUGUCGAAUUCGGUGGGGACUAGGACCGACUUUGAGCAGGCUAGGUACCUCGUUGGGCAUGAGAUUGAUGUGUGGAGUGAGAAGCAGAUGGUUCGGAACGGGUUGUGGUCCCACUAUGGGUGGUGUGAUGCCGGAAUGACGGAGGUGAGCUUGCUUUCAUGCAUCGUCUGGUUACCGAGCUGAUGGGAUCUUUGCUCAAGCAGGCCUACACCAUCGAACUCGUGUUUUCGCACAACGUCGCGGAUGAGGUGAUCUCACCCGGACCGGACAUGAUUGAAUCAUUAUCACCUCCAGCACCGAGCCCACCCGUGAACGACAUCGUCCAUCCCAACGAUCGCCUGAUCAUUCACCGCGUCCACGGCCUCCGCUUCGCCUUGGCUCGAACGGGGACACCUACUUCGGGACCUGAUCAAUACAGAGUCUCGAGGGUCGGUCCUUAUCAGAUCGGUCCUGGGCAGACGAUUGUGAUCGAUGAUCCGCUGGUGUUGGAAAAAGUGACUGCUGUAAACCGACCCGAGCGAGUUCAAAUCAAGGUCGAAUUGACCGAGCCGCUGCCCCUCGACGCCUCCGAAUCACCAACCACAACAUCGUCCUCCGACGAGGCUCAACCCCCUGCUCCACCUCCCGCAACAACAAUCAUGACCCUGCCCGGGAUUGCCGCUUCCUUCGGUCCAACCUUGAACGACCCCAUCCUCCCCUUCUCCUUCUCCCAACGUUCGCUCCCCCUCCUCCUCCUCCCCUUCUCGCCCUUCGGCUGCUCCUUCCAAUCCCUCACCUCCGAUACACCCCACCCGAACCUCCGAGGCCACAUCCUCCUCCUUCACCGAGGUGAAUGCAACUUCAUCUCUAAAACCGCCUCGGCUCAUCAAGUCGGCGCUUUAGGCGUCAUCGUCAUCAACUCUCCAGGAGUUUCCGACGAUGGGUUCAUCCCUUCUGCCGAACCGGAAGAACUUGGGCAGUACCAAGAUGGAUUGGUACCUUUGGUGAUUAUUUCGCAUCAGAGUGGGGAGAGGUUGGAGGAAUUGCUUUCGAAAAGUGAUGGUCGAAGGACGGGGGAGGAAGGGAGGGGCGUCGUCGAUGGGGGAAAUGUGAGAGUCAAGGUUGAGGAGAGGGAGGUGGAGCAAGUGGUCGGGCUUGAGGAAGAGGAGGGGAGGAUAUCGGUUUUGACUCCGAUGUUUUUGGGUGGGUAUCAGGUGAUGAAUGUUAGAUUGGCGAAAAGGGGGAAAGGUGGCGGUGGCGGUGGCGGUGGGAGUGGGAGUGGGAGUGGGAGUGGGAGUGGGAGUGGAAGUGGGGUGGGCGGGAAGAAGGGGAACGGAACUUGA